UGCGGCGAGUUGGCGGCACCGGCCCGAGCUGAAACCUGAUACCGGAGCGCGACGCUGCUAGGAGAGAGCGAGCGAAGAGCGGCGGCGAAGGAAGAGGAGCGGCUACUCCGCCAAACAGCGUACGAGGGGGAUGGUGACCGCCUUCCGUAGCUGCUCCUAGAGACGUCCAGGACACGGGGAAGCCGGCAAUGGGCAGAAGAGAAGCCGCCUGAGCCUUCGGCGAACUUUUCCCCUCCUUCACGUCGGCAGUCGGAGCGGAGCAGGCGGAUGGAGGAUGCGCUCUUCCCGGCGGGCUGUCUGAGCAGGAGACGGCGGCGAAGGAAGCGACGGGGACGACGACGAUGAAGAAGAAGCUGCCGCCGCAGCAGCAGCUGCACUACAGCGCGGGCUGCACGGAUCCCCGGCCUCAUGGGGCCCCGUCCUCCGCUGGGGGUCCCGGGCAGGGAAUGGGCUGGAAGCGGAGAAGGCCCCUCUCGCUGCUGCCUUUUCUUUCCCUCCGCGACUACGGCUUCUGCAUGGCCGCCCUGCUGCUCUUCUGCCUCGGCUCCCUCUUCUACCAGCUCAACGGGGGCCCUCCUCACUUUCUGCUGGACCUGAGGCACUAUCUGGGAAAUUCCACUUACUUGGAUGACCAUGGACCCCCACCUCGUAAGGUACUUCCAUUCCCAAGCCAAGUGGUAUACAAUAGGGUUGGAAAAUGUGGGAGUCGAACUGUGGUUUUGCUGUUAAGAAUUCUGUCUGAGAGACAUGGAUUCAACUUGGUUACAUCAGACAUUCAUAAUAAAACCAGACUUACCAAGAAUGAACAGAUGGAGUUGAUUAAAAAUAUAAGCACUGCAGAACAGCCUUAUUUAUUCACUAGACACGUUCAUUUCCUCAAUUUUUCAAGGUUUGGAGGAGAUCAACCUGUAUACAUCAAUAUUAUUAGAGAUCCCAUCAACCGUUUUUUAUCCAACUACUUUUUUCGUCGUUUUGGAGACUGGAGAGGGGAGCAGAACCAUAUGAUCCGCACUCCAAGCAUGAGGCAAGAGGAGAGAUAUUUAGAUAUUAAUGUAUGUGUUCUUGAGAACUACCCAGAAUGUUCCAAUCCCAGGUUAUUUUAUAUUAUUCCAUAUUUCUGUGGACAGCAUCCAAGAUGCAGGGAGCCUGGUGAAUGGGCCCUUGAAAGAGCAAAAGUGAAUGUGAAUGAAAAUUUCUUACUCGUGGGGAUUCUGGAAGAAUUGGAGGAUGUGCUGCUUUUACUAGAAAGAUUUUUACCUCAUUAUUUCAAGGAUGUACUCAGCAUCUACAAAAACCCAGAGCAUAGGAAACUCGGCAAUCUAACUGUGACCGUGAAAAAGACCGUCCCUUCUCCAGAAUCCCUACAGAUUCUCUACCAGCGCAUGAAAUAUGAAUAUGAAUUUUACUACUAUGUCAAAGAGCAGUUUCACCUACUAAAGCGCAAGUUUGGACUACGAUCUUCAAACAGUAACUCUUCACCUAGGCCAGAAUUUGUCAUUCCUUCUCCUCAGGAGACUGAAGAGCCAGUAACAGAAGAUGAGGAACAAGAUGAUGAAAAGUGGCUGGAAGAUAUCUAUAAAAGGUGAUGCAAGCCAUCACCUUCUUUUCUGACUGAUGCUCCCAAGUUUUUCAGAAACUGUUAAGAAAAUUCCUUAUAGAAGUGAGUCAGUGCACAGCAACAUUUAAAAAAGUUAUUUUCCCCCUGCUUGAAUGGAUUGAAUGUGAUCACUUUUGGAAGGUUUCUUUGUUUAAAGUUAUUUUUGUUUCCUUGACUCUGUAGGAUCAUGGUAGCUAGAACAUACUUCUAAAUGUUCCAUCUCUUACUUCACUACAAAUAACAGUUACUAUAGUAAUUGCUGUGUGUAGUACCAACUUGUAGAGUAAUGUAGAUGUCAUCAUAGAUAGUCUCAGUAUUCACAAAACUUGCUCCCUUAUGUUAGUAUCUGUGGUGAAUCUCUUCAUUUGAGCGCGUGGAGUUAGUAGCAGAUUAUAAGAAUUUGUUUCAUCAGCUGAAUAGGAAAUUAUGUGCCAUUGUCACCUUAGCAUUAGCCUAAGGAUAAUUGGGCUACACUUCUCCUGUAUAAACUCUUUGUAAUGAGCGUGUUACUAGAAAUGCAAGUAAGAAAGAAGUGAAUUAAUGAUGAAGUUAAAUAUCUGGAUGCAUCACAAUACAGUGGUAUUUGAAAUUGAUGAAAGCUGUGUAAUCUUUUAUUAGACAAACACCUGAAGGAGAAAGCCAUUUUGGGGAAAAAAGUGAUUCUGUAGUUGGGAGGAUAUUUUUGUAAUGCUAUAAUGCUGUUUCUGUGAUGGACUGGUUCUAAAUUGAGGGGUGCUUUUCCAGAAGAUUCUUCAGAAGAUUGUGCUGAACAUAUUCAAGACUAGUAAAAAUCAACUACUAAAUCACAAAGUGGGAUAUAUUUUGGGCUGAGUUAAUUAAAAUGCAACAAAAAGUUUUAUUACAGUAUGUUCAGACCAUCAACCUUUUCUUUUUCACAGUGGCAGAUGUCUAAACUUUAUCUAGCCAAGAGGGAGUACUCUUUUACUUAAUUCUCAGGAACAAGGAAUAAGGAGUGUCUUCCUCAUACAUCAUGUGUUCUGGCUAGUACAGUCAACAUGUAUGUUGUAUUAAAUUAUUACACUUGGGAGCAUGGAUGAAACAGGUUUAUUUUAUCACUGGUACUGCUUUUUGUUUAGGUGUUUUCUCUGUCAACACACCUUUGGCAAUUUCCUUUCCCUACUAAUAUUGUAAACCAUUAGCUAUUGUAUUUUGUUUUACUAUUCUGCUUCUAGCAGGAUUUGAACACACAUACAAUUCAACAUUUUUCUUGUCACUAGUUACAUCCAUAUUUGUGGUUCCAAUGCACUACUCUAAAGGAGCAUACUGGGAGCAGUAAAUACAGUUAUUAAUAAUAAUAAUUAACCAAGAUGCUGCAUAGUAUAUUUUAAGUGGUUUCUAUGAAAUUACAUUUAAAGAGUAAUGAUUAGUUUACACACUGUGGAAUUGUCUUAUUUUGGAAAGCAAAUUAAUUAUCACACUUCAGGUUUCUUUCUUUUAUUUUUUUCCUUUCUUUUUUAAGGUUUCAUUUUUUAUCUAUGUUGCAAGAGUCCUGGAUCAAUUAAUAUGUUCACCUUCUGUGCAAUUUCACUGCUGCUUAAAUAUUUUUUAUCAUGCAGUUUAAUAUUAUUCCUUGCCAUGAAUGCUUUGCAAUGUUAAAAACAACAGCUGUCAGGUGAUUUACUUGCUAAGUUUUAAUGUUGUGUGUAUAUAUAUAUUUUUUUUACAAGCAACUUGGCCUCUACUCCCAGAAAGGUACUUCAUAAAUUUAUUUGGCACAUAAGCUUUUAAGAAUACUAAAAACAC